AUGGUUAUUGAAGAUUUGGAUAUGACUGAAACUCAUGCAUUGACUGUGAAGAUGAAGAUCGUAACCACCCUUAGCAUCAAACUAGUACGCUUCUCUAGUAAGAGAUCACUUAAGCUACCACCUUCUCCAUGGAAGCUACCUUUCAUUGGAAACCUCCAUCAACUUGGCCUGCUACCCUACCAAUCCCUUCACAAGCUCUCAAAGAAGCAUGGCCCUCUCAUGCUUCUACAACUUUGUCAAGUUCCAACACUAGUGGUUUCAUCUUCUCAAAUGGCCAAAGAGAUAUUGAAGACUAAUGAUCUCAUCUUUGCAAGCAGACCAAAAGUGAAUGCUGCUCACAUAAUGAUUUAUGGAAGUCAAGACAUGGCAUUUGCACCAUAUGGUGAGCACUGGAGGAAGAUGAGAAAGAUAGCCGUGACCAAUCUCCUCAGCAUCAAAAGGGUGCAAUCCUUGCAUGGUGCAAUUGAUGAACAAGUGGCUCAUAUAGCCAUAUUGGGUAGACCCUUUGAUGAAGAAGGUGGAAACAAGAUGAAGUUUCAUGAAAUGAUAGAAGAGACUGCAGUGUUGCUUGGAGGGUUCAAUAUGGAGAACUACUUCCCUUCACUUGGAUGGGUCUGUUCAUUGUUUGGGUUGGAUAAGAGGGCUAAAAGGACUUCAAGCAAGUGGGGCAGUGUCCUAGAUCAGAUGAUCGAGGACCAUGUUAAUAGGAAUAAAAACAGAGAAGAGGAGGAUGAUGACUUUGUGGAUAUCUUGCUCUCUAUUCAGGGUGAUCCUAACAAGGAAUUCUCCCUCGCCAAAGAUCAGAUGAAAGCCCUCCUAAUGGACAUGCUCUUUGGUAGGACUGAGACAGGAUAUGUAGCCCUAGAAUGGAGUCCUGCUGAACUCAUUAAGAAUCCAAAAGUCAUGAAGAAGUUGCAGGAUGAGGUAAGAGGAAAAGCAUUGGGAAAAUCCAUGGUUAAAGAAAAGGAUCUAAGUAACAUGAAUUACCUCAAAGCUUUUCUCAAAGAGAUUCUAAGACUUCACCCCCCGGCACCAUUAUUAGUGCCUAGAGAAUCUAUGGAGAGUUGUCGAAUACAAGGCUAUGACAUACCAAAGAAAACAAGAGUCAUAAUUAACGGUUGGGCAAUCUCAAGGGAUCCAAAUGUUUGGGACUCACCAGAAGAGCUCUGGCCUGAGAGGUUUGAACAUAAUCUUAUAGAUUUCAAAGGGCAAAAUUAUGAAUACAUUCCUUUCGGUGCUGGAAGAAGAAUUUGUCCAGCAAUUCAGUAUGGUGUUACUAUUGCUGAGCUUGCAUUGGCAAAUCUUGUGUAUAGGUUUGAUUGGAGACUUCCUGAUGGUUUGGUCAGUAAGGAUUUGGAUAUGACUGAAACUCAUGGAUUAACUGUAAAGAUGAAGAGUAAUUUAUUUCUUAUUGCUAAAGCUUAUUUCUAA